AUCCAACUCAUCUCUGAUAUUAUUAACUGUAAUUGCAUGCAAAGCAAUACAUGAAAAGUGGUAAAAUGUAUGUCGUAACUGAAGACGAGAAUUUUAUACCAAGAAAUUUUACAAUCUUUAAAUUUUAUGGCGAAGAUACAUGCUUUGUAUGGAACAAUGACAAAUUGAUAAUCUUUAAGUACUCUAAUAACGAGUGUGCUUCGAACACACAUGUUUUAAAUGUACCUGCAGUAAUUAAGAAUAUCCAAUGUUUCUCAGAGAGAAUUUUUAUAAACUGUAUGCCAUGCGGUAUUUACAAGCUUUCAAGAAAUUAUUCAUUUGUGGUCUUGAGCAAUGCAGGCAUCGGUAUUGGGUCUGCAAUCCACGAGGUGCUUACACCAAAAAAUGAUCACCUGUAUCUAGGAAAUAAAUUGGAUCGAUCCAGUAAAUUCCUUUUCAAAUUUACGUUUUCAAAAGAAGAUCCUGGCAACUUGUGUAUCUGUUCUCUCAAUGCUGACGAGGCAGAUGAACGGCUUAGAGGGGCUUUACUCGAUAAAGAUUGCAUAGAGGAAAAUUUAUGUCUAUUAGCGAGCGAUAACAGAUUAUUCAAAAUGUCAAAGGAAACUGUUUGGUUGAUAUAUUGUUGCGACUAUAACAUUACCGAUAUCGUACCCAUGCAACAAGCGGAGAAGACAUUGGGUAUUAUACUUUUAACGGACACGAGUACUGUCAUUGUAAUGUAUGUAAAAGGAAAUGAAUUGGCAUUUGAAAAAAUACAUUUUGAUACGAAAAUUCAGUCACUGUGUGCAGGAUUUGGUACACUUUCAGAGGAUGUCAUUUGGAUAGUAUAUUCCAAUGAUAUUAAUACUUACUACAUGAAGAAGAUACUAAAUAAUGAUUUAGUACAGAAGUUAGGAAAAGAAAGUACGAGCUUUAUUUGCCUAAGAAGUUAUAAGUCAAAGGUUGCCUUGGGAUUGACUGCCCACAAAGAAAUGUUCGAAUAUCCUGUACAGCAUUUAAUCGCUUUAGAAGACCCCAAAAAGGAUGAUUUUAUUGAACUUAAAUAUGAAAUGCUCGAGUAUUCGGAUCUCAUUGUAGACAAGAUUUGUCAGGCUGCUAAAGAAUUGAAGUCAUUGAAUGCAAUAUUACAGGCAGAACAAGACAAAUUGAAAAGGAUUAACAUAUUCGCAUAUAAACAUCAAAAGCGAUACAUUCCCAAGAUGCAAGUGCAUAGAAUAGCGAAUCAAACUUUCCUUACGGUAAAGUUUAUCGAUGUCCUGCCUGAGAAUUCACAGGUUGUCGUCGCUAUUAAAUACGAUUUUUAUACAAGAUUCACUAUCCAAAAAGUAGAGGAAUCAGAGGUAUCGGUUGAGAUGCCAGUAUCCGAUUCCGAUUUGUCCAAUUCCAUCAAAAUCAAGAUAGAUUUAAUUACAUUUGUAAGUGACUGUAGUCCCUGGUGCCUUAUCAAAGACUUCAUUAAAGAUCCGCUACCAGAUAAUAAGGAUAAACAGCAUUUACCAGGCAAUAAAAAGAGAUUCGUAAGUAGAAAACUAGCGGUACUAAGGAACCUCAUGAGAGAUAAGUCUCUCGACAUGAAGAAACUCUCAGAAAUAAAAAGGAGCAUUAGAAAAGAAAUAUAGAUGUAUCGAAUAGAAUUGUAAAUGAUCAUCAAUAUAUGAUAAAAUAUCUUCAAUUUGUGUAUACGCAUUGUUUGGUAAAGAUCCUCCGUCCUUCAACGUUACCUUCUCUCGUCUGAAAAUUGGGACUGAAAGAGAUAUUUUAUAAAAAACAUAUUUAUUACCAAUGAAAGACGUAUUUACAAAAUUGUACAUUCCACCGAGUACUUUACAAUCUAUUCGAAGGGGUACUGAGAUCCUGAGUUCCUGAAAGGAGUGAAUCCUAAGCUGUAGUAAGAAAAUGCGUUCGCGGAAAUCGCAGUUCAAUGCCGCUUAGCGGAAACAAUAUCGACGUUAUAUUAGUUCUACGUUUCGAUCCCGCGCGGUGUUUGCAAGCAUUGGCACUUUUCCAGCGAAACUUGCAAAUGGAUUGUCGAUCCCACCGAGCCAAAAUAUCGGUUCAAUUUAAAUUCCUUGGGUCUCACUGUGUCGAGAUUUUCCUCCAAACCGAUACUUCCCGGUUUCGUGCUCCAAUUCGGAGCUAUCGAUAAUUCCAUAAAAUAGAGCGACCUCCUGGUUCCCUCCAGCUAAGUCACCGCUGAUAUUUCUGUUAUUUCUG